CGCCGCGCGCCGCCGCUCCCUCUUCUUUCACUUCGCGGGAGAAGUUGUUGGCGCCAAUGGAUUCCGAUCCCCGCUAACCGAUUGCCCAUCCAGCUGGCCUGCCCGCCUGCUCCUUCCUCCUGGGGCUGCGAUGGGAUUGAACUUGGGACCUUGUGCUUUCGAGGCAGGUGCUGGAACCACUGAGCUAAAUCCCUGGCCCUGGAGUCUUUAAGAUGAAGAAUGAGGACAUUCGGAAAUUCUUCGGAGUUGUACCAAGUGGAAAGAAGCUUGUAGGUGAAACAGUAAAGAAGAAUGAGAAAACAAAGGCUGCUGAAGAAACUUUGAAAGCAAAGAAAGGAAUAAAGGAAAUUAAGGUAAAUAGCUCUUACAAAGAAGAUGCCUCCAAACAAAAGCAACCAAACAAGAAAAAGAGAAUCAUCUAUGAUUCAGAUUCAGAAUCAGAAGAGACAGUGCAGGUAAAAAGUGCCAAAAAACAAUCAGAAAAAUCACCAUUGUCUUCUAAACCUGGUAAAAUUUUACGGCAGGAUCCUGUUACCUACAUUUCAGAGACAGAUGAAGACGAUGACUUUAUGUGUAAGAAGACAGCCUCUAAAGCAAAAGAGAAUGGAGGAUCUACAAAUACUUACCUUGGGACAUCCAACAUGAAGAAGAGUGAAGAAAACACAAAGAACAAGAAUAAACCUUUAUCACCAAUAAAACUCACACCCACAUCAGUGCUGGAUUAUUUUGGAACUGGCAGUGUCCAAAGAUCAGAUAAGAAGAUGGUGGCAAGCAAAAGAAAAGAGACUUCACAAAACACAGAUGAUUCCAGAUUAAAUGAUGAAGCCAUCGCCAAGCAAUUACAACUUGAUGAAGAUGCAGAGCUGGAGAGACAACUGCAUGAAGAUGAGGAGUUUGCCAGAACAUUAGCCAUGUUGGAUGAGGAACCCAAGACCAAAAAGGCCCGAAAGGAUACGGAGGAGGGAGAAACAUUUUCAUCUGUCCAAGCCAAUUUAAGUAAAGCAGAGAAACGUAAAUAUCUUCCAAAAGCAGAAAAAUUUUCAAAAGAGAAAAAGAGCUACAAUCCUAAUAAGCAAACUAAAUGUGAAAGCUCAAAAGAAUCUCCACAACAUUCCUCUUCUCUGAAGGCUAGUUCUAAGCUGGCACUCCUGAAAACAAAAGAAGAGUGUUCCUAUAAAGAAACAGAACCUGUGCCCUCAAAGAGAAAAGAAAAUACCGUUGAAUUGAAAGGAGAGAAAAAAACUCCUAAGAAACCCAAAAGUUCUCCUGCUAAAAAAGAGUCUACUAGUCCAGAAGACUCAGAAAAGAAACGCACUAAUUAUCAAGCUUAUCGAAGCUACUUAAAUCGAGAAGGUCCUAAAGCUCUGGGCUCCAAGGAAAUACCAAAGGGAGCUGAAAAUUGCUUGGAAGGCCUUACAUUUGUGAUCACAGGAGUGCUGGAGUCCAUUGAGCGAGAUGAAGCCAAGUCUCUAAUUGAACGUUAUGGGGGGAAGGUAACAGGAAACGUCAGCAAGAAAACAAACUACCUUGUCAUGGGUCGUGACAGCGGACAGUCCAAGAGUGACAAAGCAGCAGCCUUGGGGACAAAAAUUAUUGAUGAAGAUGGCCUAUUGAAUCUGAUUCGAACUAUGCCAGGCAAGAAGUCCAAGUAUGAAAUAGCAGUUGAAGCUGAGAUGGAGAAAGGAAAGUCCAAAUUGGAGAGAACACCCCAAAAAAAUAACCAAGGGAAAAGAAAAAUUAGUCCAAACAAGAAGGAAUCAGAAUCUAAAAAGAACAAGCAGACUCCUAAAAGGGACAGCUCUACAAAGACAAUAAAAAAGGAAACAGAGGUAACAAAUGUGUUUCGGAGAGGCCUGGACUUCAAGGAGCAGGUGGCUGAGGAGACAAAUGGUGACAGCAGGCCUAGGGAGUUGGCUGAUGAGAGCAGUGAAAGCAAAGUGGACAGUUUGCUCUGGGUGGAUAAAUAUAAGCCAACCUCACUCAAGACCAUCAUUGGACAGCAAGGCGACCAGAGCUGUGCCAACAAACUGCUCCGCUGGCUCCGAAACUGGCACAAAAGUUCUCCCGAUGAGAAAAAACACGCAGCAAAGUUUGGUAAAUUUGCCGGCAAAGAUGAUGGCUCUAGUUUUAAAGCAGCGUUGCUCUCAGGCCCUCCAGGAGUUGGCAAGACUACCACGGCUUCUCUUGUGUGUCAGGAAUUGGGAUAUAGCUAUGUGGAACUAAAUGCAAGUGACACACGGAGUAAGAACAGUUUGAAGGCGAUUGUUGCUGAAUCUCUGAAUAAUACAAGCAUCAAAGGCUUUUAUUCAAGUGGAGCAGGUGGAGCAGAGGCUUCAGUAAGUGCAAAGCAUGCUCUCAUCAUGGAUGAAGUGGACGGCAUGGCGGGCACUGAGGACAGGGGAGGGAUUCAGGAAUUAAUUGGCCUGAUAAAACAUACUAAAAUUCCCAUUAUUUGUAUGUGCAAUGAUAGAAAUCAUCCCAGGAUUCGCUCUUUGGUUCAUUAUUGUUUUGAUCUUCGUUUUCCAAGACCUCGAGUUGAACAGAUUAAGGGUGCUAUGAUGUCUAUUGCAUUUAAGGAGGGUUUAAAGAUUCCUCCUCCAGCUAUGAAUGAAAUAAUCUUGGGAGCCAAUCAAGAUAUUAGACAGGUUUUACACAAUCUGAGUUUGUGGUGUGCACGAAGUAAGGCACUAACGUAUGACCAGGCCAAGGCUGAUUCUCAUCGGGCCAAGAAGGAUAUCAAACUGGGCCCUUUUGAUGUUGCCCGGAAAGUAUUUGCAGCUGGAGAGGAGACUGCUCAUAUGUCACUGAUGGACAAAUCGGAUCUCUUUUUUCAUGACUAUUCGAUUGCACCCCUCUUUGUCCAGGAGAACUACCUCCAUGUAAAGCCUGUAGCUGCAGGGGGUGACAUGAAAAAGCACUUGAUGCUCUUGAGCCGAGCAGCAGAUAGCAUAUGUGAUGGGGACCUAGUGGACAGCCAGAUCCGGAGCAAGCAGAAUUGGAGUCUUCUGCCCACACAGGCCAUUUAUGCCAGUGUUCUUCCUGGAGAGUUGAUGAGGGGGUAUAUGACCCAGUUUCCCACCUUCCCGAGCUGGCUGGGGAAGCACUCAUCCACAGGCAGACAUGACCGAAUCGUGCAGGACCUGGCAUUGCACAUGAGUCUUAGAACUUACUCCAGCAAAAGGACUGUGAACAUGGAUUACCUCUCGCACAUAAGAGACGCACUUGUCCAGCCCUUGACUUCUCAAGGGGUAGAAGGAGUACAGGAUGUGGUUGCACUUAUGAACACAUAUUAUUUGAUGAAAGAAGACUUUGAGAAUAUCAUGGAAAUUAGCAGCUGGGGUGGUAAACCCAGUCCUUUUUCCAGACUGGAUCCCAAGGUGAAAGCAGCCUUCACAAGAACUUACAAUAAGGAGGCCCACCUCACCCCAUAUUCACUUCAGGUAAUAAAGACACCAAGAUCCAGUACAGGCCCGAUGCUGGAUUCUGACUACAAUGAAGAGUUACAUGAAGAUGACUCCCAGUCUGAUGAGAAGGACCAAGAUGCUAUAGAGACUGAUGCUAUGAUCAAG